AUGAUGACCGCGUUGAUGAAGAAAAUCGACGAGCAGGACAAAAGAAACGAGUCGAUUACGGAGAGGCUCAACGCGAUGGCGGCUGAGCGACAACACCCAACUUGGAGAGCCAGAAUUCCCGACCCGAUGGAUGGAAUCCGGAGACGCUUCGAUUUCUCAACGCCUGCAGAGGCCUCGGGGAGCGGCGCGAGAAACCCCUUGGCUCCACCAAUGUUUCGUCCCCUCGGAGAACAGACCCCCGCGGCAACCCGAGUCAACAUGACCGAGCCGCCUCCACUCCGUCGGAACCCAAGGCGACAAGCCGGCGAAGAGGAGAAUGACGCGAUUGAUGUGGACGCCCAGCAGAACGAUGGAACCACAAACUCGCAACAGAACGGCUCGGCUCAGCGAAUAAGCCAAGAAGAGCUCGCCUCAGCACUAAACGGCACCCGACGACAACCUGACGAGUGUCGCGAAGACGAGCCAAGGAGAGAAGUGCGGGAGCGACUUCCCCAAUCAAAGGGAAUGACUCACGCGCAAACCCUUGAAAUCAAAGAGCUGCGAGCCUCAAUGGCUCGGACAGUAGCCGAGAUACGCGCCAUGAAGUCUCAAGUGCACAACGCGACGAGUGCCGCGCCCGAGAUCGAUCGGAUGCUUGAAGAAACUCAGAGAACACCAUUCACGGCAAUAAUCACGGAGGCUAGGAUUCCCGAGCCCGGGAAGGUGAGAAUCCCGUUCUAUAAAGGAACAACCGAUCCGAAAGCACACAUCACAGCGUUUCGGAUAGCGAUGGGACGAGGUUUCACAAAGAACGCUGCCAAACUGACCGAGCGGGAUGUGGAUGCCGGAUAUUGCUUGCUAUUCGUGGAACAUCUCAAGGGAGCCGCGCUUGAGUGGUUUUCGAGGCAGGAGCGCAAUUCAAUCGGCAGUUUCCAACAGUUCUCCGCCUUGUUCCGUAAACAAUACUCGAUGUUUAUGAAUAGAGGAACCUCUGAUGCCGACCUGUGGACGCUAUCCCAAGGACCGAACGAACCGCUUCGAGAUUACAUGGCAAGGUUCAAGGCGGUCGUAUCCAAAAUAGAAGGAAUAAGCGACAAGGCUGCACUCGAAGCUCUGAAACGGUCUUUGUGGUACAAAUCAGAAUUCCGACGGGAAAUGGCACUCAACACACCACAAACGAUUCAAGAUGCCUUGCAUCGGUCAUCAGACUUUGUCGUAAACGAGGAAGAGAUGAAGAAUCUGGACGAGCAGUAUGAAGCAACGAAAGCAGCAAUCCAAAGCUCGAUUUUGACGCGCCCUUCGAAGAAAGGCAAUCCAUCAAACAACACAACAACGCAGAGCUCGGACAAACCUAGAAGCGGAGGUGCCCACAACUACCAAGUAGGCACUGGACGCGGAAGAGGAGAGCCGCGCAACAACACGUGGGUAAGCAAGCCCACCAACUAUGACGAAAAGGCAUUCUGCGAGUAUCACCAGACCUACGGGCAUUCAACGGCACAAUGCCGAACACUAGGAGCAAAAAUCGCAGCGAAAAUGGCGGCGGGAGAGCUCCAGAAUGCGGUUAACCUCAAAAACCUCGUCCGUAAUGAACCAAAAGAAGGGGUCGAGCUGAGCGGUGCGGCAGAACCAGCAAAUCCUCCCCGACGGGGCGAUAACACCAAGCGCGAUAGGAGAGGCGAACCCGAAGAGCGACCCGAGCCGAGGCAAAGGAUCAACAUGAUCAUGGCUGGAUCUCAAUAUUACCAAGACACGGUGUCCUCCAUCAAAGCAUAUCAGCGCCGAGCCGAAGCAAAGGAGAAUUGGACAGAACCGACCGAUAUCCCGAAUACAGUGAUCUCCUUCACCGAGGAGGAAACAGCAGGAAUCGAUAGACCUCACAACGAUCCGCUGGUGAUCGAAUUAAAGAUCAGGGAUCACGAUGUAGUAAGGGUGCUCAUCGAUACUGGGAGCUCGGUGAACGUCAUUUUCAGGGAGACACUCAGAAGGAUGGGAAUCGAUCUCUCUGAGGUGAUAGCGAUCCCCAAACCUCUGACCGGAUUUUCAGGAGAAACAAUGAAGACUAUGAGAACAAUUGGUCUCCCUGUGGUAGCUGGCGGAGUCACUAGGAUCGUCUAA